GUGAACGUGAACGUGUACGUGGUGUGAAGUAGAAGCUUGACGAAGUUAUGUGAUUUUCAAUUGUGAGAUCGGAUUACAAAGUGAUGGGUUCCGUUGCCAGUUUAAUAUUCCUGCCUGACUCGGAGUGUUUGGUGGUCAAGGACAAGAUUAAGUCUACGGACUCUAACUGGAUAACGACCCACGCCAUAGCAACAGAACUGAGUAUAGCGGAGACGGAGAGACUGUGGUUCCGGUUCCGCCAGCUCGGCUGUAACAAAGAGGGAAUUGUCACAGAAUCUACUGUACAAGGCAUCAAAUAUGACGCCUUCGCCAAAGGGAUAUUGAAGAUGUUCCUGUCUAGUAAAAAGAAGUUGACAUUUGAGAAUUUCCUUCGAGGGAUGAAGUGGUGUGAGGCUGGAGACACGGACACCAAGCUGCGAGCUAUUUUCAACCUGCUAGGAAGUGCAAAGAAUGUGACACGGGCAAACUUUAUAAAGGUCUUGGAAAUAGUAUAUCACAACCCAGAAGAUAAAAAGGCCAUACCUGGAAUUGCGGACGUCGUGUUUAACCAAAUGGACUCGGACAAAAAUGGAAACUUUAGCGAGAAGGAGUUUGUCGACGGAAUUAAAAGAGCCAUAUCUGAAGAAAUACUUCAGCAAGUUCUUCAGUUCGAAGUGUUGCCAAAUUACAUGAGGGAACGUCUCUACGAAGACUUACCCGAGUUCCAGAUGGACGUGGCGCUGGCCAGUGGAGAAACUAGCGCGGCACCGACCCCCUCACCGAGCACCUUUAUCGGCGGGUUUUCGACGGCACGAGCCAGCCCGUCCGACCGUACCAUCAAGCACCUGACAGAUAAGAUCUAUACCAAGGAUCUGGAACGCCUUUGCAAUAAGCUUGGCCUCACCAAGGAGGACUAUGACGAAUUGAAGGGGAAAUCUCGGGAUAAUAAGCAUCUGGCAACAUUGAUCUUAAUGAAGUAUAGAGAAAAGUCCGGAGGUCAGACUAACAGCAAAGAGUUGGAGAAGGCGCUUCGAGAUGCAGGAAUGAUUGAAGCAUCCCAACUACUAGCACCAUGAGGACAACUAAGUUGAUAUCCAUAUUAAUUCAACGCCACUUUAAAAUGACUAAGUCAUAUUGAGGCGCAACAAAUAUUGCCAAUAAGUCGAUACAUCAGCAUAAGUACUAUUGAGGAUAAAAUGCAGUAUGAGGUGCCGCAACUAUUGUCAGCAUAAUUUACCACUAUAUAAGAAAUCCCAACCACAACAGGACCUGCAUGCACUGCCCUAUUAAAGUAACUACUAUAAACAUGAUGACAGCUUGACUGAUCGCACUAUGGAGGUCAUUGUGAUGGAUUUUCAUUGUGCAGAGUUAGCACUUCAUUGUGAAUAUUCUUUAAGCCACUGCACUGAUAAUAGGGGCAUGAGAAAACAAAGUAAACUUAUGACUUUUCAAGGUCUCGUUGUCACUUAUUUGCGAAAAUGAAAUGGCUUUGAUUCAUUGAAGGUCACGGGUCAAGUUUCGCACUCAAACAUAUUUUCUGAAGAACCAUGGCCUAGAGCUAAUUUCAGAAUAUUUUAUUAAAUCGAAAAGAUUUAAAGGGAAUUUGGCAGCAGGUUUGGUUUAGAUACUUAUUAAUACAAUUUGGUAAUAUUAUUGUAUGGUUCUAAUAUGUAUUUAGGCACAAAAAAAGAAAGAAUUGUUGACAUUAUUAAUCCAAUAUAUAACAAGGUCACAGUGACCUACUUAUCAACAAUGUGCUGUUCUUUUUCGAUAAUUUUUAAUAUUUGAAGCUUAAGUGUUAUGCAAUACACCAAAAUGAUGAAGAAACUUUUAAAAAAUAACAUGUAGUUUUGCCAAAAAGCGCCCAUUUGUGAUUUUGAUCCCACACUUUACCCCCCUGAUAUCUCAGAAUGGUCUCCAAGCUGAUCUUCAUUUCAUGCCAUAUUAUGAAGGCAUAACCCCAAGGUAUGAAUAUACAAAAAAUAAAACUUAUAGGUGAUAGCCACCAGAAAGCCCAAAUUGGGCACCCCUCCUUUGUUAAACCACUUUAACUACAUCUGAAAAUCGACAAGGCCUAGAGUCGUUACACUUGGUCAGUACUUCGCAUGCUAUGAAUUUUAUUGAAACUGCACCUGGAGAAUGGCAAGGGCUUGAAGUCAUCAUAUCUGGCCAGUAGCUUGCUGAAGACUUAAAGAAUGUCAACAUUGGAUGGACAACAGAUUCUGCACCAACGCUUAAUUUGAUUACAGGCAUUUGUGAAGUUCAGUGCAGCCAUUUGCUCAGAUUGCCUGCAUUUGACUUUGUGAUGUAUUUAUAGUAAAUAAAUUGGUAGAGGAAAAACACCUAAUCACUUUGGUGUAGUUAUUUGCAAUAUGCCAGCACUCACUUGACCUGGGCUUUUUUGAGGCCCCAAAAUGAUAUUUGACUAUUUCACAUUUUUUGACUCUACAAAAUUAAUGGAAUUAAGACAUUUUGCACCAAAUAAACAUAGCUGUUCAGAACACCUGCAAAUGACUUGGUUAUUUAACAUGUUUAAAGUUGAUUAUAACAAAGUAGAAAAAAUAACAAUCACUUCUGUGUAGAUAUUUGAAAUAUGCUAGCACUGUCUCAACAAAGGUUACAAACGCAUGAUCUCUAAAACAUCAGAUACUUCCAGUUUUUGUUACUUUAUAAAGGACGUGAACUUUCUUUUAAAAUUCUCUCAAACAAUGUUAAAACUAGAAGCACAGGUACUAACCUCGUCUGUCAAUACACCCAUAAUAUAAACUAUUGGGUGUAUUGACGGACAAGGCUUGUACCUGUGCUAGAAGUGUAUGCCAUUGGCAUUAAAUAAUUCAAUUCCACUCAAAAAUUAAGAAAUGAGGUACAAUACCAAUAAAAUGUCUGAAACACAAAAUAUCUUGCCAUUGAAAAAAAUCCUAAUGUACAAAUCAGUCAAGUUGGCAGGAAGGAGUACGCACACGGGGCAAGAUUACGUUUAAGGACAGACAGACAACCUGUAAACCCCCACCCCUCUUUGAUCAGCAAUC